GGGAGUUUGUCAUUGACGCUCACCACAACUUGAAUAAUUGUACGAUUUAAAUUGUUUAUCAGGUCCAAGUGAAAGAGGUGUACAACUGGAGUCUUGUGGAGAAAGAGCUAAGUGAUCGCCAGAACACAUUACAAGAGGCAUGUCUCAACGCGCCCAGACCAAGACCUCUACCAAACGCAUGGGAGUUUGUCAUUGACGCUCAUCACAACAUUAUCUGGUGUAACGUGUUCAAGGCAGCCAGCUCUUCAUGGAUGUACAAUUUCAACCUGUUAGGUGGGUUUGCAGAAAACUUCCUCAGAGUGUCGCAGAAGAACCCAAUAACCCUACUGCGCUCACGUUUCCCUCGUCCUUCUGUCUCGCAACUCCUCAACGCAUUGCCGGCUUCUUUGUCAUUUCUUAUCGCCCGUGACCCUCUUCACCGUCUCCUUUCAGCAUAUCGCAACAAAGUUGAACACGUGCAUUCCCACUACUACAAGAGGCUUGCGAGGGCCAUCAUAGUGCGCUACAGAGGAAAGCCCCCAAAAGACGAACACAUGGGACCAACUUUUGAGGAGUUUGUGCGUUACGUCACUGAGAGUCGAGUGCGCGCUGAUGAACACUGGGCCCCAAUCUACCAGUUCUGUACACCUUGUUCCGUUAACUUCUCCAUAAUCGCUAAGAUGGAAACACUGGCCCGUGAUCAGCAGUACAUCAUAGAACGAGCCGGCAUCUCUGACAUCCUUACUCCAGCCAGGAUGAAGGCACAGAACCAGGUGCGUGUGGGGCUCCACACAGCUGACCUGGUGACCAAGUACUACUCCCGCCUCAGCAGAGAACUGAUCCACCGUCUGGUCACCAUGUACGCUAUGGACUUCGAGAUGUUUGGUUACAACUCGUCUCAGUAUUAUGAUAUGGUCCUCUUUUAAGGUUCUAACAAUUACGUAUUAUCUUUCCCACUCUACAAAGCAAAAACAAAAUCCAUAUUAAGCAAUAAAAUAUUAUUUGAGGAAAACUCAAUUUCAAGAGUAUAUAAAUAAUUAUACUGCAAAAAAUAUAUAUAUUUUAAAUGUAUUAUUAUAAUUAAUAUGUUCCUAAAAGUAUUGCUGAACUAUAAACACGCGUUUAAAAUUAGGAUAUUAAAACAUUUGUAGUUUAGUAAAAUGCUCAAUUUUCUGCUCAGCAUUUGGUACAAACUAAUUAAAUUAAAUUAUUAUGUUCUAAAUAUAGAACCAAAUACAGAAUAAAAAUCUCGCAAUAAAAAAUAUGCAAUAAUAUAAUGCCAAAGCACUCUAGGGUAAAUUUUUACAUUUUGU